AUGCGGUAUCAACACUGGUGUUUUACAAGCGCAUUAUUGGGUAAUGUGUUCGCCCAAUCGACAAUGUUGAUAGAUCUUCAGCAUAACCGUGUUGAGCAAGCUGAUUGCCCGCGAAGGACAGCAUGGAGCGAAUGUGCUGCACCAAUCAUAUUAUCCGACCGCUGCGUAGCCGCCGACAGGCUUAAUAAUUACCCCGGCCUAAAGGAGGUAUCUGGUACUUUCAAAGAGCAAGUGGGCAGUUACAUGUGCAGGAAUGGGACUACUACAUCGGUUUGCCCCGGGGAAGGUGCUGGAAACUUAGUGGCUUCUAAGAAUGCGGCUACUCCCACUGCUGAUUAG